CAUACUCUCAUAUUCAUAAGUUUGAAUUGUAUUUUUGAGAGAGUAUACUUUCCUUCUACACCGGCUCAGUUUUGUUCUUCAUUUUUAUAUUCUAGCCGUUGUGUAGAAUCCUCUUUUGUGUUUUUCAAACACUUCUUUAUACGGUCGAGAAUAGCCGUUAAAUUCUCAUAUUGUAUCGGUCAAGGAUAGCCGUAUAAAUCCUUGGGUAAAGAGUUUUCCUUCGUUGAGUUCUAGCAGGAAAGCGCUCACCGGAGGGGAACAAACUAAGCUUCCGACCUAGCCUUCUCACUGCCGGAAUUCUGAGCUUCUCGAACAUCUUCCCUCAAAGCGGCGUAUUUUGCUCCACAUGCGCACCAGCGGAGAACUUCAGUGACGAGAUUUCCUCCUCUCGGUACACAUCAUUAAACUAUAUCGACGAUUUUCCGUGUUUUAUGAGUUUAAUCAAGAAGAAUCCCAUAUUUGAGUUCGAGUUGCUCUUUUUUUGUCUCAAUCUUAUAAAUGAUUCCAAAAAUUUAGGAGUAGAUGUUUUUAACUCGAGCAAUUCUUGUAGAACCGUGGUUAGUGUAGGCUUUUGUUUCAGUUAGGGUUAGAGAUAGGUAGAAGAAUGAAGGCCAGAUCGCAUGGCCUGCCGAUGCCUAAUCAGCAGGAUGACUGGGGUGAUGGUUCGUGGACUGUGGACUGUGUGUGUGGGGUGAAUUUUGACGAUGGAGAAGAGAUGGUGGAUUGCGAUGACUGUGGGGUGUGGGUCCAUACACGGUGUGUUCGAUACGUCAAGAGCGAGAAGGUGUUUGCUUGUGAUAAGUGUAAGAAUAAGAACACUAAAAAUGAUAGCGAGGAGACUGAGGUUGCUCAGCUCCUCGUCGAAUUGCCAACUAAGACACUGAAUAUGGAUAAUCCCAUUACUUCAAGCCUGCCUUCACAAAGGCCGUUUAGGCUCUGGACUGAGUUGCCCAUGGAGGACAGGGUUCAUGUGCAAGGGGUUCCGGGAGGGGAUCCAGCUUUAUUUGCUGCUGGGGUCUCAUCUAUUUUUAAUCCCCAGCUGUGGAAAUGUACUGGUUAUGUCCCCAAGAAGUUAAAUUUUCAGUAUAGGGAGUUCUCUUGUUGGGACACUGAAAGUGAUGUUGGAGAUGACAAGCGAGGUGUUGAAAACAAUGGAACUACUGCAGAUAAUAAUGGUGCUGAUGUUCUGUUCUCCUUAUCAAAGGAAAGCAACUUUCUGCCACCUAUGACUAACUCAACCAUGGUAAAAAGUAAUACCAAUAAUGGUAAGUGCAAUGUAUCACUAUCUUCCAAACAUACAAAGAGGUUGGAUGGUCUCAAGUUGAAUACAAACAUGAAGAAAGCUUUGAAUUCACCGCAUAGCAUCGUGAUACACUCUGGAAAGCGUAAGCAAGAUGGAUUCAAGAUCGAAAAGGAACAAGUGCGAAAGAAGAAAAAGAAGGGCCAGAUGACUGACAAAGGAGACUUCAAGAAAAAAAGCCCGUCUAUCAAGAAAGCUUGCAAAUUAUUAAAUGGAGAGAAGGAAAGGAAAUUUAAUGAAGAUAGAGGCUCUAAAGUUGUCAAUGCGGAUUCUAACAGAACAAAAAGUGGAAGUCGGGAAGGGGCUGUACUCACUGAUCACUUGGCAGAAGAUUCUCAAAGAUUGGAUAGUGGGUAUAGUAAUUAUAGAAACACUUCAAAUUCAAGCGAGCACCAUUCAAAAGUAAUUCCAUCCAACGUGUUAAAAGAAAAUUCUUCAAGUGAAACACUUCCCCCAGAACAGAGUGAAAAUCAAGCUGCUUCAAAGAUUCAUAGCUCACAGUGGGAAAAAGACAAAGAUGGAAUGGCAGCUGUUCCAAUAAAACAGGAGGGUGUUGCUUUUCCUGGAGAGGCUUUAACUAUUAGUGCCAAGGUUGAAUUGCAGAAGUCAGAGUCUGUUACUAAAGCCCGUGUAAGUGAUGAUCUUGAAGUAAAGGGUCUUCAAAUUUCUCGCAAUUUGACUGGUGACAGCUUGACUUGCUCUUCAGUGCCUGAAACUGAAGUGAAAGUUGAUGAUGGUUGUGGAGACUUUGAUAUCCAUUGUUCAUCUGCAUGUGAUUCAACAUUGGAAAGAACAAGAUCAUUGCCACAUCAUGCAGACACAUCUAAUGUUCUAUUGGGUGAAAGUGCUAACAGAAAAAAUGAUGUUCCUGUUGUUAACUCUAAAGGUAGAUGCCAUAAAGCGCAGAGGGUUGACAGUAAUAGCUCAAUUCUUGGAUGUAAAAAAAUGACAAAUGCUGAUGGGUUAUCUCAUGAUCUUUGUAAUUCUAAUCAAGAAACGACAUUAUCUGAAGAUGCCGAGAGAGCACAGAAUAGUGCAUUGGGGCUUAAAUGUGGUAGUACACAACGUGCUGGAGAUGCAGCUACUAAAACCAGUGCAACAACUCUUAUAGGGACUGCUCCAUGUCAGCGCAAGGUUAGAGUCACUAUAGGGAAAUCUGCUGCGACCUCAUCAACAUUAGUUCUCAGACCCUCUCCUGCAGAGAGCUGCAUUUAUUCCACUGGUGUAAAGAGGGGAAUGUCUGACAAUAAUCUUAGUAGCAAAGGGGAGGCUAUCUCAUCUAAUGCUGUUAUGGAAGAAGAGGGGAAUGAAAAAUCAAAGAAGAUGGUAGGAGAGCUACCAAAGUCUUCUGUUAGUUCUGCCUCAAAAGCCCAAAUGACCAAGAUCACAUAUGUUUCAUCUUCUAAGAGAGAGACCUUGUCUGAUUCGAAGGAGUCCAUGCCCCAUUCAUCUCCUAGGAGCAUUUCAGUGAGAAACUUACCUUCAAAUUCAGGCUCUGGUGAGUCUUCUAGUUCGUUGCAAAGUGAAGGGGCAUCAAGUUUACCGAAUAAACCCACGUGCACAAAUUUACUCCAAAGGGGUGAAAAGGUGAAGCCACCAGGAAGCCUGUCUUCAUUAAAAGCGAAUGCAACUCUGAUGCAUCCUCCAACAUUGUCAUCCUCCCCUGCUGCACUGAGCGAUGAAGAGCUUGCUUUACUCUUGCAUCAACAACUAAAUAGCUCUUCUAGAGUCCCUCGGGUCCCACGUAUGCGUCAUGCUGGUAGUUUACCUACUUUAACUUCCCCGACAGCUACAAGCAUUUUAGUGAAGCGAGCAUCUAGUGGAGGAAAAGACCAUGGGUUGUCAUCUAGAAAAAGAAAGGAGUCGGCUAAAGAUGGUUCCAUCAGUGCUCUGGAGGGGGCUGCUGAAUCUUAUAAGAAACGAAAUGGAUUAACUUCUGAUAAUAAAAGAGAAGAUACUCAUGUCAAGCGAGAAGCAGACAAUUCUUCUAUAAAAAGUGUAAUCUCUUUGAAGACUAGCCCUUCUUCAUCUACUGCAGGUGGUAGUAAUUGUGUUCCUUCUUCCCAUGAAGUUAAAGAACCAAAAUUGUCUUCUUCAAAGAACUCGCAGAGAAAUACUGUUGGUAAUGAUGCUAGAGUGUCUGAGCACCCAGCUCGUACUUUACCAGGCUUGAUAGCUGAGAUUAUGAGCAAAGGUGAACGCAUGACAUAUGAAGAACUUUGCAAUGCUGUUCUGCCGCACUGGCCUCACUUGAGGAAACACAAUGGAGAGCGUUAUGCCUACUCAAGUCAUUCUCAGGCUGUCCUUGAUUGUCUUCGAAAUCGAAGCGAAUGGGCACGCCUUGUUGAUCGUGGUCCUAAGGGUGGUCCCAGGUUGACGGCAGGCCGAAAGAGGCGCAGAAUUGAUGAUUCUCAGAGUAAUGAGUUGGACGAUGAGAACGGAGACGGAAGUGGCGGGGGCAGGGACAAAGAUGAGGGAAACAGCAAGUCAUUGGAUCAAGAAGAGUUACCCAAGGGUAGGCGGAAAACUAGGAAGCGACGACAUCUUACCCCAGGGGGAAGAGGAAAGAAGGAUGGUGUUAGGAGAAGACACCAUCGCACUGGGGUGAUCAGUGACGAUGACGAUGAACCUGCCUCAUUUUCUAGCUGUAGCGACGAUGACACCAUGUUUUGCGAAGAAGACGAUGAUGAGGAUGAUGACGAUGUUGAUCAUGGUAUGGAAGGCGCUACGGCCUCUCCUAAAACAAAUGUAACGUCUCCUAGUUCAGCUCCCUGAACUCACGCCAUGACCUACUCUCUAUUUCUUGGCUGUUUUUUUAGGGUUUAGGUCCGGUGGGCGGUGUAAACAUAUUCCUGUGCUUGUAUAUCAUGUAGCAAUAUCAUUUUUAUUUUCUGUUACUCUGUUUGAAAAUAUUGUAUAACGCAUCAUUUUAUAUAACGAAAAUGUAACGCAUUAUGGACUUCUACUCUUCUACGGAGUAUCAUAUAUAUAAAUGCACAAUGCAAAAUUGGAUCCCGAUUCGAGGAUUUCGAGCAAGGUUAUUUUG